AUGGGUAUCGCAAAUAGUUCGUUUAUAAAGGAAACGCGCACAAAUUGUGAUUUGGAUUGGAUUGCACCAUCAACGUCCCGAAAAAAUCUUACAAAACAGAGAAAGCCAUUUUUUAUUAAUUCAUUUGUCAGUAAAUAUCUUGGUAAUAAGUUACAAUCAAGGUUUCAGUCAUUUGCAAAGCAUCGACCCUUAUCUCGUGAUAAUCAGCAUGCUUUUCGAGAACUUAUAAAAUCUUGGACAUAUUCGGAAUUAUCUUCGUUUUGUAGCGAAAUUGAAAGUGGUUUGGCUGUUAGAGAACUAACUAUUUUGGCUGAAACAGCUCGACCUUCUACUUCGUCAUUAUCAAAUGAUCUGCUGUAUGCGCUUAAAAAUUCAACUGCAGCAGAUUGUUAUAUCGUAUUUAAGGGCGUACGCUACAAAUCGCAUUUACUAAUUCUCUUAUCACGCUGUCGAUAUUUCUAUAAUUAUUGGAAAUUGUCAUCAGAGACGUCAAACAGUGAUAUGCCAGAAUUGCAAUUCAUCGAUGACAAUCUGUCUUAUGAAUUUUUCCAAGCUUCUCUUCACUUCAUCUAUUCGAGUACCUUACCGGAAUCUUUAUCGCCUUUUGAUUGCCAACAGCUUGAAGGGCUAUUAAUCAAACUUGGUUGUAUUUUUCCGCUUCAGCAAGAUUUCCUUAAUUUCAAUUUUGAAAGUAAAGGCGAUUGUACUCUUAUUUUUACUGCAAGUACGAACAUUGUUUCAUCAAGUACCUAUUUAAUUUUUCAUUUACGAAGUUUAUUUAUAAUUUUCGCAGAUGAAAGAUUUUCCCAUCGCAGCGAAUUGCGUGAUUACUGUGUUAAAUGUUCAUCAACUAUCAUAGCUGCACGAUCAGAGUUUUUGCGAUCAUUAAUAGAAAGGCGUCAACGGUGUGGGAAGCCACUAGAGAUCGUCAUUGAUGAGCAUCUUUUUCCUAGAAUAUAUGCAGUCGUAGUGCUUCAUGCAAUUUACACAGAUCAUCUUGAUCUUACCAAGGUAUUAGACGGUUGUCAAGUGUCCGCGAGCAGCCUUAAUGAAGUGCAAGCAAUUGCAGCUGGUCGUACUCAGCAGACUCCUCUUCGGCAUGCGAUCGAUAUUUAUCAUAUUGCUCGGUUUCUCAAUCUUCAUCGCCUAGCCCAAUCUUGUGAAAAUUUAAUGGUUUCUGAAUUAUCGCUUGAUACGGUUGGGAGCUUAUGGACAUGGGCAUCCGAGGCUGGUGGCUCUGCGUAUGUUCGGCGUCAGUGUAUAACGUUUGUGCUAACAGAAUUUUCCCGUAUAUGUGCAUCACAUUUACUUUUAGAAUUGGAAGAGGACCUUCUCUAUGAAUGUCUUCUAUCUGAUUAUGUUCAGUCUUCUGAAGUCGAGAUUUUGGAAUCUUUGAUUCGUUGGGGCGAGCAUGAACUUGUUCGCCGAAUGGAAGAAAGAGAACCUAAUCUAGUCGCAAAUACUACACAUAGUAUAAGUCGUAAGGGAGUUCGACGAUCGGAUUUAAAUGAUACUGAAUUAAAAAAUAUUUUAUCACGAUUAUUGCCCCUUGUGCGAAUUGAUUAUAUUAUUCCUCCGUUUCAUCAGAGUCUGACUUCCGCAUAUAAACGUGGUUUACUUGACCGAUCGCCUAAUGCAGAUUUACUGGGUCAGCAAUAUCCUGAUAGUCGAUCACCAGAUGUUAGUCCUGAUGCACACUGGUUCGACCACAGUGUGCCACAUCGACAUCCAUCUGGUCCCAGACUUCUUUUCUUGUAUGCAGUGGAAGCGCGAAAUCGACUUCGGCGUCUUUGCGGCACCAGCAAUGAUUUGUGCAUUAAUCAUCGGCAAAUUAAGACAAUGGCACAAACACAUGAAACAAUACAUCCUUAUAUUAUAAAUGUUAUGCCCGAUUUAAUUACAGAAGAGCAAAGAGAGAAUAUUGAAAAAGCAUUCAUUCAUUCGAUGCAGCAGAGUGAAUUGAUAAAAAAGGCGUUUUGUUGCGGAUGUGAACAUCACAGGAAUCUUGCCAUUGAACAGAUUCGACUACGCGUCGUACGUGAACUUGACGUUGAUGAAAAUGGGAUUGAAGUGAUUUGUUCUACAUCUAGUGAAAAAAUCUUAAAUACCAAAUGCCCACCAUGUUACAGAAGUCAGCCAAUCUUAUCUGCAGUAAAUUUAUGGUCAAGCUCCACAACAUCCAUAUAUUCACGACCAAUUUCAUUGCUGUCGGAAUAUGGCAAGUUAUUUUUGUAA